GUGUUUUAAAUUAAAUGGAGCGUUUAUCGUGGCCUCUUCAUUAAACGGGAUAAAAAUUUGAAUAUUUGAGCCUAUGUGGCAUUGGAAUUGUGACUCCUCGAGUGGUGAUGGAACUGAGCUGACAGCCAAGCCAAAGAGAAGCUUCUACGCAGCAAGAGAUUUAUACAAGUACCGACACCAGUAUCCACAGAACUUUAAAGAUCUUCGGUAUCAAAAUGACUUGUGCAAUCUCCGGUUUUACAAAAAUAAAAUCCCAUUUAAACCUGAUGGGGUUUAUAUUGAAGAAGUCCUAAAUAAAUGGAAAGGAGACUAUGAAAAACUGGAGCAUAACCACACUUACAUACAAUGGCUUUUUCCACUGAGGGAACAAGGUCUGAACUUCUAUGCUAAAGAAUUAACUACAUAUGAAAUUGAGGAAUUCAAGAAAACAAAAGAAGCAAUUAGAAGAUUCCUUUUGGCUUACAAAAUGAUGUUGGAGUUUUUUGGAAUAAAACUAAUUGAUAAAACUGGAAACGUAGCACGAGCUGCUAACUGGCAAGAAAGAUUUCAGCAUUUGAAUGAGUCUCAACAUAACUACUUGAGAAUCACUCGAAUUCUGAAAAGUCUUGGUGAACUUGGAUAUGAGAGUUUCAAAUCUCCCCUGGUAAAAUUUAUUCUGCAUGAAGCUCUUGUGGAAGAUACCAUUCCCAACAUUAAGCAAAGUGCUCUGGAAUAUUUUGUGUAUACUAUUAGAGACCGAAGAGAAAGGAGGAAACUGCUGAGAUUUGCCCAGCAACAUUAUACGCCCUCAGAGCAUUUUAUCUGGGGACCCCCAAGAAAACAGAAGUCAGAGGGAAGCAAAGCAAAUAAAAAGCCAGCAUCUCCAGUUUCUAUUCCCAAUAGUCAUAUUUCUAAGCAUAAGAAACCGAAAGAGCCUAAGAAUGCAUCGGCAAGUGGAAGCUCAGCUGGUAAAAUAACUGAAGAAAGAAAGGUAGAAUUCACAAAAAAUGGGGAAGAAAAUGAUCAGGAUGAACAAGAAGUGAACUGUGAUGCUGUUAGGCAGAACAGCAGUGAGAAGAACAGUGAGACUGAUACCAGUCAGCUUUCAAAAUCAGAAGAAAUUAAUGAUAAUUCAGACAGAAAGGAGGAUACUUCUCAUUCCAAAAAUGAUGAUGAAAAUCUGAACAAUGACUGUGGAAAUCACCCAGGCAUUAUAGAGGAAGAUUUAUGUAACACUGAGAAUUCUUCAAAUGACACAUCAGCAGAUCUACAGGACAACCUUGAUAAGGAUACAUUUUCAGGGGGGACCACCACAAAAGCUAAGGAUGAGCUCAAAUCAUGAGUCUGGGAUUUUAAAAUUGUUUCAUUUUGAAUGAAGCAAACUAUUCAUUGCUUCUUCAUUUUGGUUGAAAUUUCCAUCUCGUGAAAGUUCACGAGGCGAUGCUUGUUGCAAAUGCAUCAGAUUAGGCUUCUGUUAGGUUAAUGAAUUUUGGUUUUUUCAACCUCAGUUUAUCAGCAGUCAGCCAGGUGUGUCUCUUUAAAACAAUUGUGCAUACUGAAAGCUAAGACAUUCAUUAUCUUUUUCAGACAGAUUGCACAGAAAAGCUUAUCUACUUUAUAAAA